AUGUUCCUCGCAGCAGUUGCUCGCCCGCGGUAUGACACCAGCCGGCGCUGCAAUUUCACAGGCAAGCUCGGUAUCUUUCCGUUCACCGUACAGCGCCCCGCGCAGCGCAACAGCAGGAACAGGGCGGCUGGGACGAUGGAGACCAAGUGUGUGGAAGUGACGAAAGAGGUUUUCAAGAGGAAGGUGGUGGAUGAGGUCAUCCCCGCCAUCAAGGCUCGCUGGCCCGGAGGAAGGGGACGNAAAACCAACCGGUGCUGCAAUUUCACAGGCAAGCUCGGUAUCUUUCAGUUCACCGUACAGCGCGCCGCGCAGCGCAACAGCAGGAACAGGGCGGCUGGGACGAUGGAGACCAAGUGUGUGGAGGUGACGAAAGAGGUUUUCAAGAGGAAGGUGGUGGACGAGGUCUUCCCCGCCAUCAAGGCUCGCUGGCCUGGGGGAAGGGGACGAACAAUCUACAUCCAGCUGGACAAUAAGCCGUCCCACCGCAUCAACGCCGAUCCGGACGUCGUGGCCGCUGGCAUUGCCGACGGCUGGGACAUCAGGCUCAUCAACCAGCCAUCCAACAGUCCAGACACCAACAUCCUGGACCUGGGGUUCUUCAACGCAGUUCAAUCUCUCCAAGACCGCAACACUCCGAGGACGGUUGACGAGUUCAUCACCGAGGUGAAGAGGGCCUUCGAGGAACAGAGCCCUUCUACCCAUGACAAGGUCUGGGUAUCCCUCCAGGCAAUUCUGCAGAUCAUUCUCGCGAAAGGCAACAACACCUUCAAACUCCCGCAUCUGAAGAAGGACAAUGCGGCGAACUCGGGGAGAUCCAUUCCGAAGGAGUUGCCGCUGAGCGCCGAGGCAUCGACGGCGGUUCGGGCUGCAAGUGCCGCGACUGCGGCGGGGGUUCAGCUUGAGAAGGGACAGAGGGGGGGGGCGACGUUGCCGUUGACCUACUGCGGUACUGCUGCAUCUUGGGUGUAA